AUGGCUCCUGAGAACCGAUUGAAACGCCUGCUUUUGCUGGCCUUAUUACUUGUAUGCUGUCAUGUCAAGCUUGCCCUAGCAACAUGCAAUGAAAACGAAAAUUCCUGCACUGCUGAAUUCCUCAAAAAUGUGACGGCCACGUUCUCAGCAAGCAAUAUUACCAUCCAAGACCUGUCUGCCAUUAACAGUGCCCUUAACAUGGCAUAUGAGAACUUCAGCGCUCGAUGUCGGGGCAAGUCACAAACCUCAUUGCGAGCUGUCCGGCUGCUGACACCCACCUUGAGCGAGGGCGAUCAGGCGCAGCAGCUGUCGCAGCGGUUCACGCGGACCACAGGCUACCGAUUAGAAUACACGAUGCAGACGGCGGCAAGGAUCACAGAGGAAGUGUUAUUCCAGGCGCAAACAAAUGGCAGAGAUGCGGGCUACCAGGGCGGCAAGCGGGCGGUUUCCCUGUACGACGCUUGGGUACUUGACAUACCCUCGAGCGCGGCGGUGUUACAGGCGGGUGCUGUGGCUUCCCUGGAGGAGCUGGCGGCCGCGGCUCAGGACCAGCUGCUGGACAGCGACGUGCACCCCUUUUUGCACAAGUACGGCGCCAUGUACGGCAAGCGCCGGACCGCCGUCGUAUUGAGCAGCAUUGUGCCGUUGCUGUACUGGCGGCGGGACCUGCUUGCCGCCGUCAACCUGACGGCGCCGCCGGCCACGUGGGAGGAGCUGCUGGAGGUGGCGGCAGUGCUCAACGGCACUGAUUUGAACGGGGAUGGCCGUCCGGACGCGGCGCUGUGCUGGCAGCUACAGGGGUGCGGGGAGUCGGGCAUGGUGCUGGGUAACAUCCUGGCGUCGAUGACCCAGUACCAGGGCUCUACCAGUGGCUGGCUGUUCGAGCCCGAGGACAUGACCCUUCUGGCCGCAGGGGCCCCCCUGCUGAGAGCCCUGGACCUGCUCCGAAACCUCACUCGGCUGGAGGCGCGGGGCUCCAAGGGGUGCGCCUUCCUGCACACCGCCUUCUUCAACGGAACUUGCGCAUUCACAAUUAAGACGGCGCAGCAGUUCAAGACGGCGCAGCUCCGUUACCCCCACCUGCACGGCCUGGUGGGGGUGGCCCCCCUGCCUGGAUCCAGCUGGGUGUGGGACCGGGCGGCAGGGAGCUGGAUGUCGUGUGGCGCCGAAACCACUACAACCGCCUCCACCUCACGCGCCUGCCCCUACGCCACACUGGAAACGCCGCUCGCGGUAACCGCCAACCGAACCGUGACGGCAACGGUGAAGGCUGCGCGUGCUGCGAGAGCGGUACUUUCAACCAGCCAGUCGACAGGGUUGUCCUCCCGUCCCGGUCCUAGCUCCGGUCCCACUUUCACUGGUCCCACCACCACCACCACCACCACCACCACGCAAACCGAGAUCGUACCUGUCCCGAGCUCCAGCGGCACUCGCAGUGCCAGGAGUGGAAAUAGCGCUAAUGGGAGCGGCGGCAGUGGCUUGAGGAGGGACAGGAGGAGGAGGAUGGCGACGUCGACGGCGGCUGCACCGCCACCGUCGACGCCACUGCGUGCCGCGGAAGGCUGCGCCGGAGGCGGCGGCAGCGGCUGCACCACCUCCACCACCGCCACCGCCACCACCGCCGUUGCUUCUAUCCGCAUAUGGGUGAACCGGGCUCCGUUGUGUGGCAUGACGGCGCUGCUGGGCAGUGUGGAUGUGCGCACUCCGCCCGACUACGCGGCUGCGGCCUUUUCCUUCUUCGCCCUGCUCACCUCGCCCAACAUGUCCUGGGCGCUGCUGGGCACGGAGACGUUCGUAGGGCCCUUCCGUCAGCAGCACCUGGACCCGGCCAACACGGCCCGCUGGCUAGCCAUGAACUACAGCGAGAAGGACCUCAACGUAGUUGCUUUGGAGCCCUUCCUGGAGUCCACCCGGCUAGCCCUGGAACACCCCAACGCGGCUCUGCCGCUGCGGCUACCCGGGGCGACUGCCGUACGCGACGUGCUGUACUGGGCCAGUCAGCAGGUACUGACUGACCCCUCCAGUUCGUUGGAGGCAGUGGUUUCGGAGACACAGAGCAGGAUGAAGGUGGCACUGGAGAGUGUAGGGCUGUUGCCUGGGGAGAUUCAGCGGGCUUACUGGGAGACGAUUGGCUACAAGGGGCCGGAUCCGCCGCCGUACAGCGCCCAGUCCUGGUUCGCGGCGCGCGCUGCACGGGUCGGUGUGGGCCUGGCGGUUGCAGUGGCGGGGGGGGCGCUGCUGGUGCUGGCGGGGGUGCUGUGGCACCGCCGCCGCCAGUCCCGGCGCCGUCGGACGUUGUUCGGGCGGGCAAUGGCUCCUGGGGCCUCUCCGGCCACCUCGCUGGUGGUGACGGACAUUGUGGACUCCACCCGUCUGUGGGAGACCGUGUCACCCGCGGCAAUGACGAGGGCGGUUCAACUGCACCACGAGACGCUCCGGUCGCUGCUGCAGCUGCACAACGGAUACGAGUCGGCCACGGAGGGGGAUGCCUUCAUCCUGUCCUUCUACUCGGCAGCGGACGCAGUGGCCUUCGCUCUGCGAGCGCAGGCGGCCUUGCUGUACCAGCCCUGGCCUGAGGAGCUCUUCCAGCAUGCGCCGUGCAAGCCGCAAUACGCGGUGUGCCAGGUGCCAGGCGGGGCGCCGGAUCGAACCCGCGCCGGCAUCCCCCGACUGCCUUUCGGGACGCACCACGGGGGGCUGCCGGGACUUGGGUCGCAGCAGGCAGCGGCUGCAUUGGCGGCCGAGGAUGGAAAUUUCUCCGCGGGCGGUGGCAGCGGCUGCGGUGGUGUCGGUGGCGUCGCCGCUGCCGCCGCCGCCACCGCCCCCGGCGGCGGAAGCCUCGAGGAGCACCUCAGCAGCGGUUGGUUAGCCGUUAGUAACUCCCAACUGCCAUUAAGCAGCACCAAGCUCAAGAUGGUAACCUCAGCUCUGUCGCUGCCGCUGAAGCGACGGCUUCGGGCGCCGUACGACGGCGGCGUCGACGCCGCCUCUGCCUCCAUCGCUGGCCUGUCGGUGACAUUUGCAAGCAACACGCCAGCCCAACAGAUUGCGACCGCGUCACCUCAAUCGGUGUUCAAGCCCAUGCCGUCGGCGCCACCGCUGCCGCUACAGUCACGCGACGGCUUCGCGUCACAAUCGCUAUCGCAGCUGCUGUUGAAUGGCUCCAUAUCGGUGCGAUCCGGCGGCCACGGCGGCGGCGGCGGUGGCAGUGACGCCGCCGGCGGCGAAGGAAGCGCAGGCCGCAGCGGUGGCGGCUCCAGCCGAAACCUCCACAGUCUCCGUGCAACUGCAGCGCCGCCGCAGCGACACGGUGACUCACACAAGCUUGGGCAGCUGAGAUUGGGGAUGUCGCGCAUCCGCAAUACCAGCGCCAGCGCUGUGCCGUACACAGCACCGGGGACCGCGAGAGGACUAUCCUCAAAACUGUUGCACUGCAACAACGAGUCGGAAAACGGCGGCGUGUUGGAAAGCCGACGAGACGCAGCUAGGUCGACUGCGGCGGCGGCGGCGGCUGCCGCCGCUGCCGCAGUCGAGAGGGUGGCGUCUGACCCGCUCCGUCGCGGCGGCGGCGGCAGCGGUGGCGGUGGCGGUAGUACCGUGGGGGCUGCGGAUGAUGUACGUGGUGUUUGGCGCGCUGCUAGCGCCCCGAUACCCGUCGCCACACCUACGGCUGAGAUCCACAUCAGCCGCUCGGGCAGUCUGCGAGAAGCCGUAGCUGCAGGGGCGAGAGACGGCGAUGAGGCUUUGGUGACGGCGGUAGAAAUCGCUGUAGCGGCGUCGGCGUCGUCGGCGGCGGAGGUUAGGGAGGAUGUCGUUGGCGAUGCGGGAGUCUUCUCCACGGCGGAGUCAGGAGCCGCCACGGCGCAGGCCGACUCGGCAGGUGCUGCAGGCUCAACCGGCAACAGCGACGCCUUGACGGCUGCCACGUUCACUGGGCACUGGCUCUCGCUGGGCCCGCCGGCGGCGGGGUCGGCGAUGAAAUCGCCCGGGAUGCCCGGCGUGGAGUCAGAUCCGGAACCAGAUCGAGUUGGAGAUCCGGACUCGGAGUAUAAUCCGAGAUUGCAUCCCGGCCCGGAGCGAAGACCGGCUCGACGGACCCGCGGGUCACGGGUCCGCCGGACACGCCCGUUGACCAACCAGAAUCUGACGCCCAUACGGCUCAUUUCGGAGGGGAAACUGCCGGCGCCAGUGGUCACGACCGCCGCGCCGCGGGCGCCAAUGGGGGGUUUCAGCGUCUGUGGCGGCGGAGGCUGCAGCGGCGGCUUCCCCACUGCCGAUGGCGGCGGCCUCACCGCCCCGGGGUCGGCCGCCGCUGUCUCCGGCAUCAUCAGCACUAGCGGUGCGCUGAGCGCCUCGCUUGGCCUGAUACCGUACCGCCGUACUUCCAUGCCGAGCCACUUUGCGGCGCUGAUGGGCGGCGGGGCUACCGGGGGGAGCUCCGGCCCGGAGCACCCGAACAGCGGCAGUGGACACGGUGCCAGAUCAGGCAAUGGUGGUGGCGGUGUGAUCCGCAGCUUGCCGCUGGGCGCCUACUACCGGCAGAUGUUCCGGGCCUGUCAGCCGGGGGCCCCGGGAGCAGUGCUGGUGGCGGGGGGCCUGUCCGUCAGAAUGGGGGUGCAUUCGGGAGUGGCUAGCACGCAGGUGUCGUACAACCGUGUGGCGGGUCGUACACAGUACAGCGGUGCGGCGCUGGAGGCCGCCAAGGCAGUGUGCGACGCGGCGCAGGGCGGUAUGGUGUUGCUCGGCAGCUCGGCCUUCGAGCAGCUGGCUCUGGCUCGGGGUGCAGGAGCUUCCGGCGGCCGAGAGCCCCCCGCUGUCGUACUGCACAUGGGCAGCCACGUCAUCAAGGCUGAAACGCAGCCUCAGGAGCUGUAUAUGGCCCAGAGUCGCGAGCUGCUACCCCGCCUGGCCUUCCUGGGUCCGGUGCGCAGUGCCGACCAGCUGGAUCCAGGCGCUCUGGAGGCGCCUCUGGGGGAGGUGUCCAUGGGCACUGUGGUGGUGGUGGGACUGCCCACCCUCAUGGCAUCGAACAAGGAGAUGGCUGAGGAGGCUCUGGUCACAUUCCGUCGUGUCGUUGUUGAGGUGGCCAUGAGGCGCCUGGGGGGGCACCUUGUGGAGGAGGGACAGGGCAGGGUGAUGGCGGUGUUUGGACACCCGUUCGACGCGAUCAGGUGGGCUGCCGCCUGUGAGGCCCUCCUGAAGGAGGCGGACUGGAGUGAGGCCCUGCUGAGUCACGAGCUGGCGGAGGAGGUGCAGGGACCCGUGCUGCUGGACUCACAUGUAGACGCCCCGGUGUUGAUGGGUGACGGGGAGCUGUCCCGCAUGCUGUUCCGCGGACUGCGGAUCAAGGGGGCGGUGGACUGCGCCCGGGUGAAGGCGGAGCUGGUGCCCGCCACGGGGAGACUCAGCUACCGGGGGGCUCUGGCGCACAACGUGCAGAGAAUUGCGGCCUACGUGUCCACAGGCCAGGUGGUGUGCACUCGGCGCGCGUGGCGGGGCUACGAGUCCGCGCUGGACUUGGCGGCGCAGGUGGCGGGAGUGGCGGACGUGGUGGGCGCCUGUCUGGGCCUCCACUCCAUCCGGGGCAUCGGUGACAAAGUGGAGCUCUGGAGCAUUCGACUGGAGGACCUCACGUACGAGGCCUCGUACCACCAGGGCAUGCGGCUGGGCACUAGCGAAGAGGGCGAAGGGGAAGCUAGCAUCGAUGGCGGCGGUGGCGGCGGUGGCGGGAGGCGGAGGCUGCUGCUUCCGUCGCCGCUGCCGGUGACGGCGGCGGCGACGGUGGAGCUGGCGUCGCCGCUGGUGGCGGCGGGGGCUUCGGUGGGUGGUGAUAAUGUGGGAAGUCGGCUUGGGGCGAGUUUGGCUGACACGAUGGCGGCUCAGGCUGAGGUUUGGAAGGUUACUGGGGAGGAGCUCCGCAACAUGCUGAGCGAAUGA